GACCACCACCAGUUUUUCUAGACUGUUGCAGUCACCGGUGUCCCCAACACCUACGGCCCAAGGUGCAGGUGUCAUCUCAGCAAUUCUAGUCACGGGAGAAGGCACGAGAAGAUAUCAAGAGUCUCGGGGAGUACAACCGAUGGCGGGUCCCGCGCCGUUGCAAGCAUAUCCUGUCACGACUCAGCAAGGAAGUCCGAUAGUACAGGCGGUGGCGCCGCCUACUGGAAGACAACUGGGAGGAGUGACUGCAGCUCCGGCCCAACAGAUGGUGACGAUGACGAGGGAGGAGAUGCAGAGAAUGAUGGCCAAUGCAGCUACGCAGGUGGUGCAGCGGGUCACUCACCAAACAUCCCAGGCUACCACUGCGCCGACAACGGUGGUCGAAACUCAGGAUGAGGAUGUGUCGAGCUAUGGUGGAGGAGGAGAUCUCAAGGAUAGGGUGAUGGAGAGGAUGGCCGAGAAACUCCGCCAGUUGCAGGAGAGGGUGGACGAAAGGCAGGAUAGGCGUGCUCGAGGCCAUUCGUUCUCGAGGGAAAUUCUCACUGUGCCAUUGCCCGUAAGUUUCAGGGAGAUAAAUCUUACCUUUGACGGGUCGAGCGAACCAUCAUGGCAUGUCAGAGCAUUUGAGAACAUGUCUGUUUUACAUGGAUACUCGGAUCCGGUUAGCUGCAGGGUGUUCUUAUCGACUCUACGAGGAGGGGUGCUCGAUUGGUUUCACCAACUUGCCCCGGGAUCGAUUAAGGACUUUGAGGAUUUUGCCGAUUAUGGGCAUACCACGGAGGAUUUCAGGAACCUGAAAGAUGAAAUCGAGCGCCUUAUCCGGGCAGGGCACUUGAAGGAGUUUGUUAUUCGUGAUCGGGCAAGAGGAAAGGAGAGGAGGAAAUGCAGGAAAGAUUCAGUGGUGAGAAGUGAUAGAGAAGAUGAGGGGGAGGAUUAUGCUCAAGGAGAGAAGGGUGGUCGAUUGGGCGAAGCGGAGAAGAGGAGGCGAGGUGAUGGCGGUCGAGAGGAGCAGAGAGGAGAGAUACCCGUGAAAAGAGGAAUGAUUUACAUGAUUUUUAGAGGACCAAUAGAUGGUGAUUCCAACAACGCAAGAAAGGAGCAUAUACGGGCUAUUAAGCGUAAGAGGAAGGAGGUCGGGAUAACUGGUCGAAUGCUGGUGAUUAGCUUUGGAGCGGAGGAUGUUGGGGGGAUUUCAUUACCCCACAAUGACGCGCUGGUGAUCACGGCGGAGGUUGCGGGGUUUGAUGUGAAGAGAGUGUUCAUCGAUACGGGGAGUUCGGUCGAUGUGAUAUUCUAUGAUUGUUUCACACAGAUCAACAAACAUUUGAACUUGGAAUUGAAGCCGGUGGCGACGACCUUGUAUGGUUUUAAUGGAGGCGAAGUGAUGCCGAUGGGAGAGGUGAGUUUAACAGUGGCGUUGGGAUCAGGUGAUACGAGGAAGGUGCGGAUAGUGAGAUUUGUGGUGGUGGGAGCAGAAUCCUCGUAUUAUAUUAUCCUGGGGAGGACUGGCCUGAACGCGUUUCAAGCGAUCAU